AUGGCAAGUGAAGUGAAAGAGGAAUGGUGCUCGGGCUGGGGCCGAUGGCAAGUGAGGCUGGCCCUCCUGCUGGCGCUGCCCGUGUUCCUCACCGGCGCCUACGGAACGAACUACGUGUUCCUGGCGGGCCCUACUGAGUACAGGUGUCGUGUCCCAGAAUGUGAAGGAUCUUCGAGCAAGGUCUCGGUGACGGCAGAGACCUGGUCUCAACCUUGGACAAAAUGGGCUCUGGUUCCCAAUGAUCCUUGUAGAAGAUGGAGCCCGAAGCACUUGGAUGGGGCUUGUACCGCUGACGCUUUCGACAACAGCACUUCAGAAGUCUGCGAGAACUUCGUGUAUCGGGCGUCAAGUAGUAUUGUUGUAGAGUUCGACCUGGCCUGCAAGGAGUGGAUGCGGUCGUUAGUCGGCACCAUUCACUGUGUGGGAAUGCUCAUCUCUCUGCCCAUCAUAGGCUUCAUAUCGGAUAGAUGGGGUCGUCGGAGCGCCCUGAUUGUGAGCAGCUGCGGCGCAGGAGUGUUCGGCCUCUGCAAGUCUUUCGUCGGGUCCUACUACAUGUAUGUGACAGCCGAGAUGCUGGAGACUGCCUUCGGAGCGAGCGUCUACCCGUCGGCCUUUGUCUUGAUGAUCGAAUGGCUGGGAGUCGAGCACAGGGUCCUGGCCAGCUUCGUGCUCGGCAUCCCGCUGUCCCUUGGAGCUGCUUUUUUAUCACUCUUGGACUACUUGACUGGUCACUGGAGACUCUGGGCCAGAAUAGCAUAUCCACCGUCAUUUUUAUUUCUCUUAUACCCUUGGGUGCUACCUGAGAGCGUCCGAUGGCUGAUCACUAGAGGGAGAGUCUCCGAAGCUGUGGCCACCAUCAGAAGUGCUCUGAACUGUAACCGGAUGACGAUUCCGAAAGCAGGCUUAGAAAAGACUGUGAUGAAUGAGCAGGAAGCCAUAGGGAGCAGUGGGGUCCUGCAGGACGAAAGUCUGCUGCGUGCUUUGAUCAAGUAUGAAGUCCUGCGUCGUCGGCUGUUCGUGUGCUGCGUGUGGUGGUUGUCGUGCGUGUUCGUGUUCUACGGGCUGGCGGUGCGCGCGCACGUGCUGGCGGGGUCUGCGCACGUGAACUACGCGCUGGUGGCGGGCGCGGAGCUCCCCGCGCUGGCGCUCAACACCCUGCUGCUGGACCGCGUGGGGCGCCGCCCGCUGCUCACGGCCGCCCUGCUGCUCACUGCCGUGUCGCUCAUCACUUUACCGUGCUUGCCUCAAUCGAGCACAGGUUGGGGCACGGCUCUGUACCUGUCGGGCAAGGUGGGCGUGACGAUGUCGCUGAACGCGCUGUACGUGUACACGGCGGAGCUGUUCCCCACGCGCGCGCGGCACCGCCUGCUGGCCGCCUGCUCCGCCGUGGGCCGCGUCGGCGCCAUAUUCGCGCCGCUCACGUCUUUGCUGGCGGAGUACAGGGCGUGGCUGCCGACCGUAUUGUUCGGUUCCCUGCCUCUGCUGAGCGCGGCGCUCACCUUCCUGGUCCCCGACACGCUGCACCAGACGCUGCCCGAUUCCUUCGCAGACCUGGAAGAGUCUCCGCCACCGGUGCACAUUAAUGAAGCUUAAAUACAUGUACUCCUUACAUACAAUUUUGUAUGAAAUUCUAGUUACUUUGGGGAUUACGACGAAGUGAAGAUCUUCCACCGAGCGGUUGAUAUUUGCUCGGUAGACCGACGGUCCGGUUCGGAACUUGUAUAUAUGCAAGCUUAUUUUAAAAAUGCCAUUAGUGAGAUUCAGAAAUCUGUCAAAUAUCUUGCGUUGUAUGAUGGCUACCCGCCACUUGCCAAAGGCUUGUGUAUUUUUGGCGUGAAACAAUUUACAAUUUACAAUCAUUAUACAAUUUUCAUCCGAAAUCUUUUUACUCUUACGUUUUAGGGAAUAAGUACCUACUCCUACGAACGGACUGUAAACUUUCAGCUCAUCCAUUCUCUGACCUGGACCUCCACUGGGGCCUCGGGCACGAAGGCACGUCCGCUGAGUUUUUUUUUAUUGCCCUUGUAGGUAGACGAGCAUACGGCCCACCUGAUGGUGAGUAGUUACCG